CGUUGAUCAACUUUUCUGCACGAUCUACCGAUGGGUCAAUACAAGAAGGAAAAGUCUCGAGUGUCUCGAGAAAAGCAAGGUGGCGAUGAUCGUGCUGGCAAUGUUCGAGUGAAGGGAGAGAAUUUCUACAGAGAUGCCAAGAAAGUCAAGUUUGUGAAGAUGCUGAAAGGUGGCAAGGCCAUCCGUAAUGCUCAAGGUCAAAUCAUCAAAGCUGCCGAUUUUCAAAGCACCGAUGCCCCCACUGCUCGCAUUGCUCCCAACAGAAAAUGGUUCGGUAACACUCGAGUCAUUGGCCAGAAAGCAUUGGAAGAUUUCCGUGAAUCGCUCGGCGCUAAAGUCCAUGAUCCUUAUCAAGUCUUGCUGAAGCAAAACAAAUUGCCCAUGUCUUUAUUGCAAGAUCCUACCAAGCAAGGCCGCAUGCAUAUUCUGGAAACCGAUUCCUUCGCCAACACAUUCGGUGCUAAAGCCCAGCGAAAACGCCCGAAACUGAAUAUUGGAUGUUUGGAAGAAAUGGUCACCAAAGUGGAUGACAAACAUGAAAAUUAUCAAGCAAGCAAGGACAGCAGCUUAUUGGCGAAUAAGGAGACCGAUUUCGUAGAUGAGGCACGAGCAUGGUAUCUGCAGGCUGGUCAAUCAAAACGUAUCUGGAACGAAUUAUACAAAGUCAUCGAUUCCUCGGAUAUUAUUAUUCACGUCCUUGAUGCUCGCGAUCCUAUCGGUACUCGCUGUCGCAACGUUGAAAAUUAUAUCCGCAAAGAGAAGCCUCACAAACACUUGUUAUUUGUUCUUAACAAGUGUGAUCUUGUGCCAACUUGGGUUACUGCGAGAUGGGUGGCUACAUUGUCAAAGGAUUGCCCUACACUUGCAUUCCACGCUUCGAUCAAUAACUCGUUUGGCAAAGGUUCCCUUAUCCAGCUUUUGCGCCAAUUCUCGUCAUUGCACAGUGACAAGAAGCAAAUUUCCGUCGGUUUCAUUGGUUACCCUAAUACUGGCAAAUCUUCAAUCAUCAAUACAUUGAAGGCCAAGAAAGUAUGCAACGUCGCUCCUAUUCCUGGUGAAACCAAAGUCUGGCAAUACAUUACUUUGAUGAAGCGUAUCUAUCUCAUUGAUUGUCCCGGUGUCGUACCUCCCAAUGUGGAUGACAACGAAACCGAUAUUAUCUUGAAGGGUUCCGUACGUGUAGAGAAUAUUCCCAAUCCCGAAGACACCAUCCCUACCAUUAUGGAGCGAGUACGCAGAGAAUAUUUGAAACGUACCUACGGUUUGCAUGACUGGAAAGAUUCCACCGAUUUCUUGGAACAACUUGCUCGUAAAACUGGCAAAUUGGUCAAACGUGGCGAGCCUGAUCUUCACAACGUGUCAGUGAUGGUCCUCAAUGACUGGCUUCGUGGAAGAAUCCCUUACUAUGUACCUCCACCAGAAGCCGUUGGUCCCAAACCUGACAGCGAAGAAGAUCGAAAGAUUGGUGUCGAACAGCUGUUUGGCAAAAUUGCUGUCACUGCUGAUUUCUUGGAGGAUGAUCUUGCCAACAACGCUGAAUUGCUCGCCGAAGAACGUGAGAAGGUGGCAUCCAUGAAGAAAAAGCAGAAAGAAACUGCUACUGGAGCCAGUGACAGCAAGACUUCUAAGGUUUCCAAGACAGAGAAAGUCACUGAUUGGGACGAAAUCUUUGAAAGCGUCGUAGGCGAAGAAGGUCCUACUGUUCAGGCUCCUGUGAUUGAAGGAGAAGAUGAAGAAGCCGAAAAUGCAGAGGUCGACAGCGAGCUGGAAAUGAGCGAUAUGGAAAAUGAAGCAUCAGAGGAUGAGGAAGAAGAAGAGGAGGAGGAAGAGCAAGACGAAGAUGAAGAAGCAUCUCCACGAAAGAAGAGCAAAUCCGUUGUCGAAAACGGUUUCGUCGUUGAGGAUGCUGCUCCUCCGAGCAAGAAGAAGAAGAUUGGUGUACAUUAUUACGAAACGGCCAACGUGAAGAAUAAGAACCGAAACAAGGUGAAGCCAGACGACGCGGCAAAGAAGGUUUUAGGAAGUCGAUUAAAGGGAUCAAAGAUUGCCGCCGGCAAGCGCAAAAGACAUUAAGAAGUGUUUCUUUUCUCCCGUACUUUUAUUCAUUCAAUUACUAUAAAUCCAUUGUCUCAUCAUUUGUUCCCUUAGAGUUUUUUUUUUCUGCAGUUAUCUAAAAUGUUCAUCA